CAUAUUGUGCAUUCGCUUGAGGCCAGGCUGUGUUGUCUCCAAUUCCCCGCCUAUUGACCCCUAUUGGUAGCUACCAAGAGAGGAAGGGAUCAUCCACCAUCUACACACUGGCGGCGCUUUAUCACUCAACUCCAUGCGAGAAGCGAACCGUAUUCAGCUUCAACGUCUCGCUGAGGAGCCGAACCGGACGAGCGGGUCACAUCAGAUUACUGCGUCUCUUGCGGCCAACCAGGCCUACCUGCAGGGCAUUGAAGCCGAGCGCGAGGUGCUCGAGGCUCUAUGGAUCGUGCAAACAUUCCAUCCGCCCGACCACCCGGCACCCUCCACUCUUGCUAAUCGAACGUCAAAACCCGUCCCCGGUGUCAUACUCCUCCAGGCAUACGACAGUGAGUCCUCGCACGGCGGCGAGAGUGUCGAGAUGGCUGAUGGUGACGACGAUUGGGUGCCCACCACCACCAAGCAGUUCCAGCGGUGCCGGGGGCGUGGUCGAUCCCAAGCACCCGAGCGACGCCAACAAGGAGAUGUAUCGAUACCACCCGACAAGAGGACCGCGACGCUCUGCACGGAAUUGAACAACCGGCUGGAAGACGUCAGCACUAUCGCGGAUGUUUUACGGGAAGUGGAAGAGGUACUGGGCGAGCUGUCUGGGUCUAAGAUAGAACUGGAACCCGCGCUCAAGGAGAUGGUCGGAAAGGUUGCUCGGGUACUCAUGGGUGUGGAGGAGCUGCCCAAGGAAAUGUCUCCGUUCUUCCUCGACCCCCUCUUCAAUGCGCCAGAGUGGGGCGAGUCGUGCGCCCUGAUGGGGUACACGUGCCCCGCGCAUGAGGACAACGUGAGCCUUGGCGGGGAGACCGAGAACAGAAUAAUCACCCUCGGCUGUGGUGGAGGGGGGGCACGACAAGUCGUUGGGCGUGAACGUCAACUGCUACUUUCGGAAUUUGUUCGCGCGCUCUACUUCGCCGCACUCGACGCGAACGACGUGAAAGUCACGCGGAUCGUGCAGUCGUGUGGAAGCGAGGACCUCGCGAAAGGGCCGUUUCAUCUCGCACCCUGGCUUGAGCGUUUUCCGGUCGCGGGACACCUGCUGAAUCUGCCCACCACUCCCUUCUUCUCCUCGCCCCACCGCACGGCGACCAAGACGAGCAAGAGUUACCACCCCGGGCUCGCCGCGAAGGCCGCCGCGCAGAUCUUUCGGGCGCGAUUGGGCGAGGCAGGGCCGCGCCUUUCUGACGACGGGCGGGCAUUUUUCGACUCCGUAAAUGCCGGAACAGCUGCCGCGGGCUUCAGGGACUGCCCGGAGUACAUCGCCCCCCCCACCCGCACCUCCGGGUCAACUGCGUCGAAGCAGGCCGUCAGCAACCUGAGGUCGAGCCUUCAAGAGCUCUUCAGCGGCAUCGAAUGUGUCUCGUAUAUUUUCCCCACUGGGCGAGGACGAGAGCAAGAAAUCUGCAAACGCCGCGAGGGUGGCCAAUGCCGCUGAGUUCGACAGACAAGUCGCCGUCCGCGACGGCGUCAAGUAUAGCGGGGUGGCAGGCAGCUUGGCCUCGGGACGAGUUGUAGUCGACGGGUGGAUGCCGGACGUCGGCGACAGCGACCGUCUGAUCGAGAGGCCAGGGCGCAUGGCCAGAGGUCGCUCACACUUAGCACAUGAAUUCCUUCGUCGUACCGAGAAACGAAGAACCGACGGCAAACGUCAGCAGAUCAGGGGCUCCAACCUCCCCCGCCCCUUUCAUCGACACCACCACCCGCACCCCGCCCUGCCCACGGGCUCCAUAUGCAUGCUUGGCUUUUGGUAUCCCGCCUGCUUCCGUCCUUCGCCGUCCGUCACCCCCUGGCCAUUGAGGAGAGCGUCUUGUCCAACCUCCGGCGGGCUUGAUCGUUGUCCAACAGGUCGACCUGUUGGACACGUCGAGGUUACUGACGUUUGCCGUCGGUUCUUCCUCUCUCGGUGCGGUUGCUCCCUUUGCACGGGGGACGAGGUUGGCAUCGCGGCCAGUGCACACAUCGUCUACGCACCGGACGACCCCGCUGGAGUGAGCUUCUUGCUGUACGCCACCGGCGGGCAGAUUUCGUUUGCCAGCCCCCAGAUGGCACUGCUGAAAGUGGGCAAGACGGCAGGGGUCGUCGGGGCGGGGUAAGACGCCACUUUUUCGCAUUUCUUCGGGCGCUUGUGUGGCGUGGAGCUUAUCUGCGCUGUCCUCGCCGCUCGCGAUAGUCGGAGUCUGGAUUUUACCGAGAGCUGUCACGGAGCCCUGUAUGCGCACGGAGCAGCAAGCAUGGUGCGGCCCCUAAAGGGUUUGGCCGGAGGCAACGCAAGCUGGACCGGCCUCACGAAGGGAGACAACGAGGCGGAGUCGGCGGUAGUCAAGCGGGGGGCUGAGACGGCAUGCUGCGGCACCAGAGGAGGAGAAGGCGGAGGCGGCGCAUGCCGUGAAAGAAGCGACCAACCGCGUGGAGCUGGUCAGGGCCGCCAUGACGCGCCGGAGGGAGGACUCGAACACCGCCUACGUCGUCGUCGGGGAGCUGGGUAGCAAACCCGACGCCGGAGCCCUGACAAAUGGUGGUGCCGCUCUCAAGGGAAGCUGCUGCUGCUGCUGCUUUUGCUUCUGCUGGCGCUGGUCGAAGCGGGGACGUUUGGGGGAGAGGUCAAGCGUCCGCGGGCGUCAAUCCUGAGGGCCGAGGCCCUCGAGGAGACAACAACCGGAAGCGGGACGAAGACCUGAUGCAUGCGUACAGGUUUCGAGCUGGGGCCUUCGUCAAUGUCGGAGACCGAAACGUGGCUCUGCCUUCUAUGGCUCUCCGUUGUGAGUCAGGAGUUGUUGAUCACGCCAAGCCCGUUGCUUUUCUCGUGGAAACGAACGGGGAGGUCGCAGCCGAGGGGAGACAGUGUUCUUGUUGCCGGAAGUACCUGCAGGUCUCCGAAACGGACAAGAACACCCUGAAGGGGCUCGGCAUCGCACGGCGUUGGAGGAAGUCAAAGUUGCAAACCCCGUGAUCUGACUAUCGGUUGUUUUCCGUAGUGUCGGUGUGGUGGCAUAGUACUCGGGCGAUUGUGGAGGAAUCGUCAAUCACGGCGAAAUAUCCUCCUGUUGUGGUGGUGGUUGUGACGGCGGAGGCGGGAAGAAUCGCUUCCACGUUUUCAUGGAAAUUUCGGAGGUGGGGUUGUAGACUAGUGUAUGCUGUCUCGCAAGGAGUUGAGCGACAAAGUGCCGCCCGUGUGUACACGGUGGAUGAUCAUCCCUUUCCUCUCCACAGUAUGGGAGUAUUAUUUCGGGCGGUGGGGAACACCGCGCCGUUGGGUUCGAAGCAGCCGUAGAAACACAGGGGGAAAGAGCGCGGUGUGU